GUGUGCUCUCAGAGCUUGGUGCGUGUGUUUCGUGUGGAUUUACGCUCUGGAUUUACCCUGUUUUUAUUCGACUGUCAGAGCCUUUACAUGGGCGCAGCUCCACGCCAGCAUGCGACGUCGCUGAGCGCGGGACCUGAUCGCCGAGACACCAUCAUUGAGGCGGGACCGAGACCGGGGCGGGUGGGCGUGGGUUCGGGCGAGGGCGUAGAAGUCAAGGGGCGUGGCGAGAGUUCCUUCCGCCCGUCGUGAUGAGUCCCCUCCGGCGGGUGAAGCUGACGGAGCUCAACGCCCACCUGGUGUGCGUGCUGUGCUCCGGCUACUUCGUCGACGCCACCACCAUCAUCGAGUGCCUCCACACCUUCUGCAAGACGUGCAUCGUGCGCUACCUGCACACCUCCUCCUUCUGCCCCAUCUGCGAUGUGCAGGUACACAAGACGAAGCCCCUGCUGUCCCUUCGCGAGGACCGAACGCUGCAGGACGUGGUGUUCAAGCUGGUGCCGGGCCUGUUCCACUCGGAGACGCGGCGGCGCCACCACUUCUACAAGGAGCAUCCUGAGGCCGGCGGCGACCGGACGGAGCAGAGCCUUCGCGAGCGGCGCCACUUCUUCCACGUGGACGACCAGAUCUCACUGUCGCUGGAGUACCUCCCGUCGCCGCCCCCGUCGUCCUCCGCCACCCACGCUCAGGUGCAGGCCCACGUGCAGGCGCUGAAGCCCCCCCUCAAACUCAGCAAUGGGCAGCACCUCAAGCCCGUCGCUAAGCAGGAAGCUGGAGGGGGAGGAGGGAGCGUGGAGCAGCAGCAACAGGAGGAGGAGAAGAGCCAGGCCAUAGCGCUGGUGGAGGACAAGGAGUUGGUGAAGGAAGGGCUGGUCAAGAAGGAGGAGGAAGAAACGGACGAUAAAGAAGGUGUUAAUGGGAAGGCGGUGCACAAGCGGUACCUGCGGUGCCCGGCGGCGGUGCAGGUGUCGCACUUGGAGAAGUUCAUCCGCCUCAAGUACAGCCUUCUGCCCACCACGCACAGGGUCGACAUCAUGCACGGCGAGGACUGCCUGAUGGGCGAGCUGACGCUGCUCGACGUGGUGUACAUGUACAAGUGGACGGAGGACGCGCCGCUGCGGCUCCUCUACACGGUCACGGCCAUCCCGCAGUCCCGCAAGCGGCCCAGGAUCAAUGGCACGCGGGCCAUCACCGCCGCCGACUCGGAAGCGCCGUUGCCGAAGCUUCCCCGGACGCAGGCGCCGCAGGAGGUGAGCCAGACCCCACCCGCCGGCUCCUCCGUCAUGCAGGUCCCCGCGAAGCCGCCCUGCGUCCAGGAGCAGGGCGGCGACGAGCCCAUGGAGACCGAGGCGGACGUGAAGGAGGUGCCAAAGACGGACGCCGAGAAGAAGGCGGUCGCGGCGCCGAGCUGCGCGCCUGCGAGCGUGAGCGCCGCGACGCCACCACAGCAGGUGACGGUCGUCGCCACCACGUCCUCCGCCGCCAAGCCACAGGCCGCCCAGGUGGUCGGCGCCGCCCUCACGUCGGCGCCCGUGGCGUCUCGGGGCCGCCCGGCUGUCACCACCACCACGCCGGCCACCACCACUCCCAGGGUGGCCCUGCCGCACCCCCCGAAGGCCCUGCACGCCGCGUCCAGUGCCUCGCCUGGCGCCGCCCCCGUGCCCGCCGUCGCCAGUGCCGGGCUCAACACCACGACCGCCGCCUCCCCCGGCGCCGCGGCCCCCGUGCCCGGGCGAGCGCAGGCCGCCCGCCCCCUCGUCAACGGCAUCGCCGACGCCGCUACCAAGCCGCAGCCGCCGCCGGCCCAGCCCAACAAGGUGCCGCAGCCCAUCAUCCCGACGCGGCCGCGGCUCGGGCGGCCGCCCAACGCCUCCCGCAUCGCGGCGGUCAACAUGAAGCCGCCCGGCCCGAGGCUGGGCGAGGCGCGGCACCCCCGCCCCCCCGCGCCGAGCGCCAAGAUGGUGCCACAGCCGCCGGCGGGCGCCGGCAGGGGCAGCCCCACCGUGUCCGCCAGCCUCAGCGUCCAGAGCCGCCUGAUCAGCAUCAGCGGCCCGCCCGUCCGGCCCCACACGGCCAAGGUGUCCGUCAAGCGCCCCGGCGACGGCAGGGCGAGCGAGGCCGGCGCCGCCCCGCAGGAGGGCCCGGCGACC